AUGGCUGCUCCGUUUACGCUGCGAUGGGGAAUUGUCGCGACCGGCGGCAUCGCAGAGUGUUUUGUUCGAGAUUUGGUUACGGAUCCUAGUCUCCGCGGAGUCACAGAUGUGGCCCACCAGGUCGUAGCCGUGGCAUCCCGCUCGGUCGACAAAGCACAGACGUUCAUAGACGAGACCAUCCCCGCCGACAUGCGCGCCCACGUCACACCUUAUAGUUCCUACGCUGAUCUAUACAAGGAUCCUGCCGUCGACUGUGUCUACAUUGCGACCCCCGCGUCAGGACACUACGCGUGCGCGCUCGAGGCUCUUCGUGCGGGGAAUAACGUGCUGUGCGAGAAGCCGUUCACGGUCAAUGCGCAGCAAGCGCGACAUCUAGCCCAGGUCGCGAAGGAGAAGAACGUAUUCCUUAUGGAAGCUGUCUGGACGCGGUUUUUCCCUCUUGUCAAGACGUUUCAGCGGAUGCUGCACGAGGAGAAGAUGAUUGGUCGCGUGCACCGCGUGUUUGUUGAUUUCUCAGUCUACAUUGAUCCCGAGAAGAACAAGCGUCUGUACCAGGCCUCGACUGCUGGCGGCGCAUUGCUGGAUCUGGGCGUUUACAUGAACUUGUGGACGCUGUUGACCUGCUAUCAUCAUCCGGAAAACAAGCGGUCGCCGCCAGACGUGAUUAAGGCUGCGAUGCUCCGGUCGCCGCUGACGACGGAUCUGGUGGACGAAUCGACAAGCGUGAUCACUGUCUGGCAAAAGCCAAAUAUAAUGUGCAUUGGCACUACGUCGAUGAUGACCGACACGCCGAAAGAGUGCCUGAUCCGCGUUCAGGGAUCAAAGGGAGAGAUGAUCAUUCCGAUCCACGCAUCGCGGCCGGAGAAGAUUAUCGUCAACCUCGAGGGCAACGGGAUGAACACGCGGACGUACAACUACGAUAUCCCUGGCCAGGGACUGUUUUGGGAGGCUGACGCCGUAGCGAGAGAUAUUAGAGAUGGGAAGAAAGAGGAUGAUUUGUAUCCUUUGGAGGAAUGCAUUUUUGCCAUGGAGCUUAUGGAUGAGAUCCGUCUGCAGACUGGCCUAAAGUUCCCAGACGAUGUUGAGAAGGUGCAGAGUUAG